AUGACGGCGAGGAUAAUCAGCAUGUUAGGAAGGUCUGAUGCAGCGUCGUGCUACAGCGUUCAGGACCCGAAGCCGAGUUCCCGGAGCAAAGCCACCUCUGCCACUUCAAGUCGUACGGCUAACCCAUGGGGGUCGGCUGAGUGCUGCGGGUGCGGCUGCGCCCCUGUCGUCGGCCGUCCAGCCGGGACCUGGAGGAGACGCCUUCCCCACGUCGGAACACGUCCGUCACCACCGCCCAAGUUGGUGAUCGCUUCUGGUUCGGGGACUAGAAACGUUUCUGUUGUGGAGCAGAUCCAAAAACUGCUGGUGACAGUUCCAGUGCCUCCUGAGCCGGAGGGAGUGAGAUGGAGGAGGGGCACAGAGAGGCCCCGGCCAGCGCAUCUCUGGAGGCCCAGUCCCCACCCGCAGACCUUGGAGAGGUGGUGCCAGGAGAGGCCCUGCAGCUUAGCUGUAAGAGCUCCAGGUCUGUGCAACUCGGCCGACAGCUGGAUGAUCGUGCCCAACAUCAAGCAGAACCACUACACGGUCCACGGUCUGCAGAGCGGCACCAAGUACAUCUUCAUCGUCAAGGCCAUCAACCAGGCGGGCAGCCGCAGCAGUGAGCCUGGGAAGUUGAAGACAAACAGCCAGCCUUUUAAACUGGACCCCAAAUCUGCACAUCGCAAGCUAAAGGUGUCCCAUGAUAACUUGACGGUGGAACGUGAUGAAUCCUCCUCCAAAAAGAGCCACACGCCUGAACGCUUCACCAGCCAGGGGAGCUAUGGUGUAGCUGGAAACGUGUUCAUUGACAGUGGCCGCCAUUACUGGGAAGUGGUCAUAAGCGGAAGCACAUGGCCCAGUUCUUAUCCCACUGGGUUUCUCACGUGUAGAACUGACGCUGGAAUGCAGAGUUCUUUAGAAGGAUCUGCUGACUUGAAUUGAGGACAAGGUGACUUCCCUGCUGGCCCCAAAGGACUACUCCUUACCCUCAGAGACAGGGUCUGUGCGCCCCAGCCCUGCAGAGGGAGCCCAAGACAUUAACGUACUUUAUGACAAGGAAGAGUAAGAUGACACCUACAUACUUACAGUAUCGUCUGCGUCUGAAAUUCAAUCCUCCACGAACGUUUUCCCGUUACUAAAUACUCGUCCAUCCACGUCUGCGCCCCCGGGUAUGCGGCCACCAUGCCCUUGCUCAACAGUAACAGCGAACGCCAGCUAGCAGGCUUCGUCGUCGUCACCAUCGGAUGGACCCCGGGCACCGCGGCCGUGGGCCUGGCGGAGUGUCCAGUGCGGUGCAGCGACACUGCCGCGCUCUCCCCGCCGGGCCGGCCCGGCCCGCGUGGGGAUGCGGUGAGCCUGCGUCUUCCACCACGUCCACGAUGCCAGCCCGGCCACCCCGUGUCACCACUACACCUCCCGGGACACACCUCCCUCUCCAUAUCCGUAUUGCUCAAAGUCUCCUGAUGGCCAGCAUCCUUGGGCUUCUGGGAAAAGCCUUCAUCAUCUUUGUGCUUAGGAACGUGUACCUGGGAAUUGUGUGGACGAGGGCCGCCUGUAAUCCAUUCACUGCCUCAGGAACUCUGAACGUAGCUGCCAGCCUCUGUAUCUCGAUGACUGUGGUCUGGAAUUACCGCUCCGUGAUGAAUGAAGAGGAGGUUGCCUUCCCACCACCUCUCAACGUGCCCUUCAAGCCAGAUACUCAGCAAACUGGUGGCGACGUCCUCCUGCGUGUGUGGCUGCCUUCACGCUGUUUGUAGGGAAGUUUGGUUUUCCUCUCUUAAAAACUCCCCCUAGGGAGCCACAUGCGUCCUGCUGUUCCAUAAAAGUAAAAUUCCUCAUUGCAUCAGAACCAAAACUACCAGGAGUCUACACGGAGUAUUACCCGGAUGCCCUGCAAGGACUCAGGAUCACGGCAAAGGUAGUUUGGGGCAGAAAAUGGUUGUGACUUUCUGUGUCUGAAUUUGAUUCAUUGGUUGGUUGACUAAAGAACAUUUCAUUAAAAAUCUUGCCCACCUGCCAGUUGGUCUUACUGGAUCUGCAUUUUAAUUACUGUCAAAUAAAUAAUCAAUACUACACACCUAGUGUGUGGAAGUAAGUUUCUGAAAUUCUCACAUCUUACACUUCUACUGAAAAGAAAUGACCUCAAUUCCUAUGGCAUGGUCAUAACAUCUAUCAGAUAAAAUGUUCCAAAAUGUGCAAAAUGUAAGGAAUCCUCCCGCAUCCACUACCCGACUCAACCAUUACCAAGAUUCUGCCAUAUUAGCUUUAUCUCUUCUCUUGCCCUAUUUUAAUCCAUUUUUCUUUUUCUAAAGGAUUUUAAAGUGAACCCCAGACAUGUACCCUCAUCCCAAUACUGAGAUAAUAUACUUCAAUAUUACUCUCUAACAAAUGGACAUUUCCUUGCACAAUCAUAUUCUACCUAAAAAACAUUAAGAAUUAUUCUUUCCUAUCAAAUACUUAGAAUUUUUAAUACCUUAAAAAUAACUCUACAGUUUUGUUUUUCCCACACAAGGUGUUCACUCUGCCUCUUAGGUCUUAAUCUAAAGCACUCCCCAUAAGGACACUAUGAACUCAUCUACAAAUCAGAAACAAACUUGCAGACAUAGUAAAUAAUCUUAUGGUUACUGGGGAAAGGGGGUAGGAAGUGAUACAUUUGGGAGACUGAGAUUUGCAAAUGUUAGCCACAUAUAUAUAAAAAUAGAUUUUAAAAAAAGUUUCUUCUGUAUAGCACAGGGAACUAUGUUCAAUACCUUGUAAUAACUUUUAAUGAAAAAGAAUAUGAAAACAAAUAUAAGUAUGUAUAUGCAUGACUGGGACAUUGUGUUGUCCACCAGAAAUGGACACAUUGUAAUUGACUGUAUUUCAAUUUAAAAAUAAAUAAAUAACGCACUCCCCCUACCGCACCCCUUCUGCCCUUUAAGAAAAUGAUUUGGACUUGCUGAAGAAAGUGGGUCAAUUGCCCUGCCGUUAAAUGUGUUAUAGCUUGAGGCUGAUUCUGGGUGAGCUCUUUGAGGGACAGUAUUUCAAAGAGGCUGCCUCGUACUUCACACGGAGUGCAUUAUGCCUGGCUGUAUACAUUAACUGUCCUUAGUGAUGCAAAGACUGAUGGGUGGACCACGAGGGGAAAGCCUGAUCUCUUCUGUAAAUUUCAUCAAACUUCCAUCUAACAGUUUCAUCUAUUGAUGGUCCUUGUUUGAAUCAAUUACCGCACUAAGGAUUACAAUUGGGGACUUUCUCAUAUAAACAUUCUUUUGUAUUUAUUAGCUGGGAUGCUUUUGUAGAUAGAGAACUCUCUGUUAGCAAGCAUGGCUACUUCAUUACUCUAAAAUUUAGCUCAUAAAAAAGGUAAAUGCUUCAUUUUCCCCCUUUAAUUGUUCAAUUUCUAGAGUAAGGAGGGAGAAUGCCCCUAAAUACCUUUGGUGUCGAUCUAUAUAUAUUUAUUUUUUUAAUUGUUUCCCCUACCUCAGUUUUCCUUUUCGUCCUCUUCUUUUUUGAGUAUCAACCCUUGAAUAUGAAAUCAAGAUUAUUUCCAUGUUUUCAUUACAGAAAUUUUC